AUGACAAAGACCGUCGUCGUAUUAGGCGGUAGCCUAGGCGGUAUGGCCGUCACCCACCAACUACUCAAGUACACGCGACCUCGUGAGCAAGAUCUCAAAGUUAUACUGGUCUCGAAGAGUAGCCAUUUUUACUGGAACCUAGCUUCUGUUCGCGCCAUUGUCCCUGGCGUUAUAAAAGACGAUGAGAUUUUUGCGCCCAUCAAGCCAGGCCUGGACCAGUAUCCUGCCGGCAGCGUUGAGUUCAUUGUCGGCACUGCUUCUGGCGUUGAUCAUACGGCUCGUACCGUGACAGUCGAUACGGAUGCUGGUGCUGACCAGAAGACCGUGCUCAAAUAUGAUCAUCUUGUCAUUGCUACCGGUGCCGAAACCGUUGAUCCCUCACUCCCUUGGAAAGCAUCCAGCUCGCACGAAGAGCUCGUGGAAAGCCUUCACAGCACCGCUGAAAAGGUUGAAAAGGCUACGCAUAUUGUUGUCGCCGGUGCCGGAGCUACAGGCGUUGAACUCGCGGGCGAGAUUCAGUAUGCUUAUCCCUCGACUACCGUUCUACUCAUCUCAGCUGAGGACAAAGUCGUCGCAGGCGACCAGAUUGCUGGCAGUGUUGAGUCUGAGCUGAAGCGCCUUGGCGUUGAGAUCCGUGCUGGUGUACGAUCCGAGGACACGACGGAACUACCGGACGGCAAGACGUUGGUGAAGCUAUCCAAUGGAGAGGACUUGGUGACAGAUUUAUUCCUCGCGACGAUGGGAUUGAAGCCAAAUUCUGGGCUCCUGCCCAAGGAGUGGCUCACCAAGCAGGGCUACGUCGACGUGGACGAUGAGAUGCGCGUCAAGAAUGCAGAGGGCGUAUGGGCAGUUGGAGACGUCGUAUCCAAGCCUCGCGCUGCAUUCUUGAUCACGGAGGCUCAAGCUGCCGGCGUCUUCAAGAACAUUGACCUCGUACUCAAAGGCAGGGAACCACAGCCUGUGAGCGGUCCACGAGUAGAUGCUUUUCUAUGCGCCACAGGUCGAAGUCGCGGAGCUGGACGCCUAGGCAAAAUCCCGGUGCCAUCGCUUGCUGUAUGGGCCGUCAAGGGUCGUACAUUAGGUCUCGAACGUACCAAGAAGUACGUCAACGGAAGUAUGUGGUGA